AUGGUGUCUUCUCCUUCUCACCCCUAGUCUAUAAAAUCCCGCUGGGCAUGGUCGAAAUUUAGUUCGGAUUUUUCAUAGCAAUUCUCAUAUUUCGUUCUUGAUACUUUCAAGUUUUAUCCGAUUGAAUUUUGGAGUGAACAACCAAAAUAUUCAAUCUGAAAGUGUUUACACAACUCUCGGUGCUAUGUUAAAAAAAUUCAAUUAGAAUUUUAAUUACGAAUUUUCUUUAAAAGAAAAAUUCGGAUGGAUAGGACUGAGUUUGAAGAAGAAACUUCCGCGCGAAGAAUUGCGUGCUUUGGGUAAUAGCCGAGAAUGGUGUCUUCUCCUUCUCACCCCUAGUCUAUAAAAUCCCGCUGGGCAUGGUCGAAAUUUAGUUCGGAUUUUUCAUAGGAAUUCUCAUAUUUCGUUCUUGAUACUUUCGAGUUUUAUCCGAUUGAAUUUUGGAGUGAACAACCAAAAUAUUCAAUCUGAAAGUGUUUACACAACUCUCGAUUCAUCCAAGUUAUCGUUAAUUUCCCCAACAUAUUGUUUACAAAUUGUUCAUAACAUAUCACAUCAUGUGCAUACGUAAGAGAUCAUGCGUCUCUUAUAGUUGUGAUUGUGCGGGACUUAGCCGUCCGACAUCACGGACCGGGCUUAGUGUACGUACAUGGUACUUAGGCUUGCGAUUACCACCCUAUUUUUCCAGUCUCCUUUGUGAGACUAAGGCUGCGUGAGUUCGUCGUACAAAAUGGGCGAAUCUCAUAGUUCAAGGGUCGUCCUUGUGACUUGGAAUCAUACAGCAUGAAUUCAUCAUCAAGUACAAUCAUUAUGACUAUGUAUGACAUCAUUUAUGUAUCACUAUCAUCAUCUUGAACAUACAUGCUAUAUUAUGUCAUAUCAUGAAUAAUUGUAUGUCUAUUUGCUAUUCAACUAAGAAUUGUUGUAUUAGCGUAUUCCUCAGCUAACGUUGAGCGUGUAGUUUGUUUUACUUGCUACACGCAGGUAAUAAUACUGAUCAUGGAGCCCAUCCCGGAGGUCAAUGAGAGUGAUGAGAUGUACGGACUGGUGGACCACCUUUAUGAUGCUUUAAUUAAAUAAAUACCUUUUUGGGCGAGUACCCAGAAAAUGUAAAACAAUUUAAUUGUGUUUUAUAUUUAAGCUUCCGUACUGUUUCAACAUUACUCUGAAUUUAAUAUUUGAAAUUAUCAUUUAUAUUAAAGUUUAAAUUGGUUUUAAAUUAUUCCUCAAAUUAUUAUGCGUAUUUACCAUCAUGGUUGGCCCUCUAUGGUCUGCUUCGCGACAUCUACCGCCAUUUCGGAUUCGCUUCGGGCCAAUUGACUGCCAACGCGCACAAAGGGUUGAGUUUAAGAACGACAAAUGGUCCUACCGCUACUUCGUCAUUGAGUUCCCAGCUCACAGUCCCUUAGAUCUGUCGAGUGUUGUCCUUCGUAGUUCUAUUUCCCGGACGAAGUUCGUUGCAGGACACUUGGCAGAAGAAGUGUACAACACCUUGAGAGAGAAAGGGGGUUUGAUUCUACACCACUCUCUUCAAGACGCCAAGUUGUACAGGAAAGCGGAUUUUUACUAUCCCCUGGGUCCUGACCCGAUUCCAUUUGACGGGGAGCCUUCCCCUGAAAUACAGAAUGCUCCUCCUGCCGUAGAGUCCAACCCAGCCAUGAGCUCUUCCGGGAACCAGUCCAAGCCCCCUGUCUAUGUCUUCCGGUACCCAGCACACCAUUCCUGCUGCCGCUCCGGGGGUUUGGAGCUACCCCACCCGGACAGCUUAGAUUGUGAGGGAGACAAACUUCGGGACCAGUCAGCGCUCAAGAGACCUGGAGUGCAGCCUCAGCCUGAGGUGAUCAAUACCUCCCCUCACAUUGCAACUACUCCCCAAGUAGUGGAGGAAGAAGGUGAGGGGCAGAAAGAACCGGAGUUAUCUCCUGCAGCAGAGAAGGAGGUUGAGGUGCAGAAAGAAUUGGACGCCUCCUCCACGAUGGAGAACGAAGCUGGAGAGCAAAAAAGUGCUGAAGCUCUUCUAGAGACGGAGAGAGAGACUGAGUUACAGCGGGAGUCGGGAGAGGGUUGGGCAGGCUUCUCCCGCGGCUUGAACUCUUUACAGGCUUCCCACUGGACUAUCCAGGCAAACCUAGAGAAGAUGAGGGAAUCAGUGCAGGGCCCUGCAAUUCCCCAGGCAUGCUUGCUUGCCCUCAAUGCUCUGCACUUCAUGGAGCAGGCCCAACAAUCAGUCCUCACUUUGACUGAGGAGUACUUGGGUGGAGCAUCAGGAAACUACCGGGCCGUGAUGCUCUUGAAAGAGAAGGAGUUUGCUGCCAGGGCUCUACAACAGAAGGUUGAUUCCUUGGAACAACAAGUCCAGAUUGCUACUUACCAAAGGGGGACCCAGGAUCUAGAAGCGCAGUUUGACAGACUCCGAGCACAAAUCUCCAUCCUGGAAUCAAGGGCCUUAUCUUCAAAAGACAAGGUGGGAAGUCUGAAAGCUGAGCUGGUUGAAAGGGAAUCCCGGAUUGCAGAGCUGGAGAGUUCCUAUCUUAAAGAACUUAUGAUGAAACACAUGGAGGCGAAAUGGCUUACCCUCGAGAAGUUGGGGAAAGAGAGACAAGCUGCCAGCAAGCUCCGGUCAAGGAUGGGUGAACUGGAGAAGGCAAUUGCUACCCAUCAAGAGAAGGUUGCCACCAUGACUGCCCGUGCUGAAGCCCUUUAUGAAGAAGGGAAAUUUGACAUGCAACACUGCAUUUAUGAGGCGAUCCAGAGUGGUCUUCCGGCUCACCGAUCCCUGGAUGACUUCAUCUCCCACUACGGGUUACCUCUUCCUCUACCUCCCCCAGAUUCUCAUGCUGACCCGAGGCCUUGACCUUUUUUUACCAACUGUUGUAUUUUGCUUUGUAACAUCUAAAUGGUAGUAGUUUGAUGACGCUUGUAAUAUCUUGUUCUUUGCCAUCAUCUCUUUCAUAUCCGUGUUUCUGUAGACUCCUUCCUUUGGGCUAACUGUUUCCCCUUUGGAACUCUUAUCUUUCUUUAGGACUUAGCGAAAUUUUAUCCGCCUAGGCUUUGGGCUUAACCGCGUUUACAAAGUGCUAUUUUUUUUAUUAUCAUUGCGCUAAAUGACUGGCCCACCUUAAUUACACCGGGCCUAGUCCACCCUAGCCCAAUAAUGAAAUAGUGCAACCCUA